UCUGUUUUUGGGCCACCGGAAGAGCCUUCAAAAUAAUUCUUCCCUGGCGUGCGAACAAAAAUUGUUCCGGUUGACGCCACUUUUAGCAAAAAGUCGCGCGGAUCGAAUUGAUUUCCAAGCCAAAUCGCCCAGUCCGAUCAAGGCCUAUUUUUGUCCAACGAAUAGUUUGCAAGUCUCGCCGGACGUGUCGUCGUAGCGACAUAAGCACGUCAAAGUUGCUUGUAGCCGACUAGUGCCAGAGUCCAGUUUGACUUCUUUACAGGCAUUUUGUGACGCACCAAGUCACUACGUGGCUCGAGCUAACACUAUGCGUGAGAUUUGUCACUCCGACAAACUCCAUGAGUUAACGGUCGUCGCGUUCAAAAUGAGCUGUAGUGGCUAACUAAACAGCUAGCUUGCUAGUCAGUUAGCUGCCUUUAGCUUUGCGUUCGUGCGAAAGCUAGUAGUUUUUUUUUUUUUUUUUUUAAACUGCAUAUUAAAGGCGGGAUGUAUCAGAUUGAGGAUCCGGACGAGAAUACUCCUUUACUCCGGGACGACCCGAACAGUGAUGACGUUCGUGAUGACGAUUCCCAGAGCCGAUGGAGGUCCAUUCGGGUCAUGUAUUUCACUAUGUUUCUCAGCAGCGUGGGUUUCACCAUCGUUAUCACUUCACUGUGGCCGUACUUGCAAAAGUCUGACGACGGCGCCGACGCCACCUUCCUGGGCUGGGUGGUGGCGGCCUACAGCGUCGGCCAGAUGGCGGCCUCGCCCCUUUUCGGCCUGUGGUCCAAUCGGCGACCUCGCAGAGAGCCGCUCGUGUGCUCCAUCUUCAUCAACCUGUCGGCCAACAUCUACUACGCCUACGCUUCCCUACCCGCGACCGGGAACAAGUACCACAUACUCAUUUCUCGCGCCUUCGUGGGCUUCGGCGCAGGCAACGUCGCCGUGGUGAGGUCGUACGUCGCCGGGGCCACGUCGCUAAAGGAACGGACCAACGCGAUGGCCAACAUGAGCGCCUGUCAGGCCUUGGGGUUCAUCCUCGGACCAGCUCUUCAGGCCUGCUUGUCCUUCCUCGGGGAAGUGGGUUACACGGUGGAAUUCGUCCAGCUGAAACUCAACAUGUACACCGCUCCGGCUUUAUUGGCCGCCGUCUUGGGCGUCGUCAACAUUUUGCUGGUGGUGUCGGUACUCAGGGAGCACCGCGUCGACGACGACGGCAGACGCGUUCCGCCCAUCAACUACCUCUCGGAAGAUGAGGACAUGGCGGAGGAAACCGUCGACAGUUUGGCGGUCUUCACUUCAAACGUCCUCUUUUUUGUCGUCAUGUUCAUUUUCGCCGUUUUCGAGACGAUCGCCACGCCUUUGUCCAUGGAUAUGUUUGCGUGGACGAGGAGAGAAGCCGUUUUCUAUAACGGCGUCAUCAUCUGCUGCAUCGGAUUUGAAUCCAUCCUGGUCUUCCUGGCCGUCAAAGUGGCCGCUCAAAGGGUCGGGGAUCGUCCUGUGCUGCUGGCGGGUCUGGCGAUCAUAUUCUGCGGCUUCUUUGUCCUGCUGCCGUGGGGAAACAGUUACCCUAAAAUCCAGUGGGCAGACCUUCGAAACGACUCGUCGGUCGGUCGGACGUGGUCCAACGGCUCCUUCGAGCCCACGGGCUGUCCCUACGACCAGACCUGGUGUCAGUACACCCCCGCCGUCCACCUGGCUCAGUACAUCUCUUCGGACUUUCUCAUCGGAGUGGGUUAUCCGGCUUGCAACGUCAUGUCCUACACGCUCUAUUCCAAAAUCCUCGGACCCAAACCUCAGGGCGUGUACAUGGGCUGGCUGACGGCGUCGGGGAGCGGCGCGCGGACCCUGGGCCCCGUCUUCGUCUCCCACGUCUACACCCUCCUCGGGCCCCGCUGGGCUUUCGGCGUCAUCUGCGGCACGGUGGCGGCGGCCGUCGCCCUCCUCGCCGCCGUCUAUCGCAGACUCGUGGCUUUUUCCGUGCGGCACGGGAGGACCGUAGAAUGAAAAGGCGCUGGACCCAAAACUCCACUUUGAAAGCGACCGCGCGUCAUCCCGUUUUGAAUCCGGUGACUACGUAGCGCGGGUGUCAAAGUGCGACUGAUAGUCUGGGAAAAAUACAGUCCGCUUUAUUGGAUUGUAUUUAAACAAAUACUUUAGUUCCGUUACUGAUGCGUGAUGACACGUUUUACUCGAUUGCUUGAUGAAUGAACUGACUGAAUGAUGAUGUCACAUUCACUGGUUAAGAAAAUUUGUCUCAUUGAAUGACGGCAGUUUAGCUAAGGAAACUCUGAAUAUAUUUUGAAAUGUAUGUGGGCCCCAAUGAUCCUUUUUUUUAUGGUGAUGAACAGAUGCAAAGACAUUGCGUGUAUUGUUUGGCACCGCUCACGUAAAAAAAUGUCUAUAAAGGCAGAGCGGCCGGCAUAAUGUAACGUGCUGAAUUUUGGACAAACUUUUGCAUCGUACAGGAUGAAUAUUGGAAGAUAGUCAUUUUUUAUAUGUAAGUAUGCAGUUGAUUUACUGCAUGUCUGAAGUUUAUGAAAAAACAAACCAUUUCAAAUUGGUGGAAUGUAACAGUACUUUGUUACUGUAUUUACAUGUUUGUGUAUCUGUACUUGAGUACAAAUAUGCUGUAGUACUUUUUACUUCACUACAUGAUUUUACAGCACGUAACUUUUCACCUUGUCUCCCGCAUUCCAUGUUUUGUUUUGUUUUUUUGCCUCAUUUUGAAUUGCUAGUUUCGUUUGCGGGCCUCCGUUUCAUCGAUAACCCCGCCCCGUGCAGUCAUUGAGCACGAGAGGUAGCAAGCAAAAUAGCGCGGCGGGUUGACCAAUUCAAACCGGCAGUGAAAGGAGCGCACCUUUAGAUGGAUUUUACACACGUUCGCACAGUAGGUGGCAGUAUGCACCUUGUACAGUAGUUGCAUCCAAUCUGUCAUUAAACUCAAUUUUGGGGGGGUUUUGAGCUUAAACUUCUGUUUCAAGGGCCUAGCCUUUGGUCUCAACAUUGGUAUGGGACGAUAUGGCAUCAACUGCAUGAAGACUUUUUGCUGGGGACGGGACAUUCUUAAUGAUCAAUGCAAAAUAAAUCUGCAUUGACUUUUACUAACUUUUAUGUGUAUUGCUUCAGCCUACGCUGUUUGAUUCAAAUAUUACUAAACCUUCCAGAAAAAAAUGUCCAGAUUUCAUGAGCAGCAUUUAAAUUGCAUUAUUUGAACAUCAAAUAAUAGACAUACACAAAUACAAGCUUGUUAAUAAUCUCUUAACUAUCCAGGAAUGCAGAAAAUAACAAUUGUCUUAAGACCACUCAACAUUGUCCCAAUAAAGAAAUGAAAAAUAACUUCUUUGUCAGGGAACAAUGGAGCUGUCCUUCAGGUAAAACACUAAUGCUUUUGUCCACAAGCACAGCCAAACUCUACAAAAAAAAAAAAAAGAAAGCUCCUGUGGGCUGCUUUAAGACCACAUAAAUAAGAUAAAGUAAAACUGGGGAGAAAGGGGUAAAACUGGGUUCACUACAUUUCUCACAGUUUAAUAACGUUAACAGUAAAAAACAUACAGGAGGACCCUUCUCUCUAAGCAGCUUCCUACUCGAGUUUUGCAAGUUGCAAGCUCAAAUAGUUUAAUGUUAUGAAAAAUGAUGCAGUUCGGACUUUCGAUAGCAAAAUUAGUGGUGCGGUCCCCACUUCCAUGACAUUGAGUGUCUUUUUAUAAUUUUUACAGUGGCAGCUGCUGCUGGUUGAAAAAAAACCAACCUAAUAUCCCUAAUAUUUCUAGUAUCUGAUGUCUGUGUGGGUGGGAGGUCAAGUCCUCAUCCGAUCAAAUAUGGAUUUAGGAGGAAAAACAAUGGUGAAAAGAGGUCCAUGUGUCUGAAGACAGAAUGAAAAUCAUUCACUUAAUAAUGGCUGGGUCAAUUACAACAAUUAAAACAUAUGGGAAGACAAUGUAAAUGGCCUAUUUAACGGAAGUCAUUAUAUAACACAAAUAAGGUUGCUUAAAAGUGGGUGGGGACAAUUUCGGCAUCCUGUAAAUUUGCUAGUGUUUUGUCCCUACCGUCCCCAUGCAAACCUACGCCCCUGUUCUGUGUGCCCCCCCCCCAAUUCUGCACAGUUUGAAAUAAAAUUGAGCAGUCAAUGAAAUUUAUGAUUCUUUGAAUAUUGGCUCAGAUCUGUGCGAGUUAUAUUUUUGCAUCGGGAGAAAAUACUUUUACUUUUUAAAGCAAGUACUUGAGUACAUUCUUUUUCUUAGUAAUUAUUUGCUCUGUACUUAAGUAAAAAAAAAAAGUUGCUACUUCGUCCAACACUUUUAAAAAGUGCACGCUCAGUCUGUUCCAUUGACCGGAACGAAUCCGACGCAACACCUCGGGGGUGAGUGUCAACUUCUAACUUUUUAUAGAAGCUAUUUUUUGGGACCCCAAAAUACUUUAUAUACAUUCAAGAUUGAGAAACAAUCGUAAAAUCACAAAAAAAUUAACAAAGUUGAAGAAAAUAGCUAAACUAGCCACAGCUUAGGCUUCGUGACGUCAUUAUUGAACCACCUGAUGUCAACACUGGAAACAGCUUUUUUUUUUUUUUUUUUUUUUUUUAACUUUGGUGCUUUCAAAGUUGCACGGCAGCAAUUAAGUCUUUCUUUGUGUAAAUGUGAAAAGAUUUAUCAAUGUGGAACGAUUUUUUUUCCAGUGUUGAAAUUUGGUGCUCCGGGCCUAGCGACGGCGGCUACAAUUUUCAUCUUGUUGAAUUGAUGCAUGAAGAAAGUAGCUAAACUUGCCCCGCUUCAGGCUUUGUGACAUCAUUAAUUAACCACCUGAUGCAAACACCGGAAACGGCUUUUUUCUUUUUUAAUGAAUUGAACAUAUGGCAGGCCUAUCCUUUUUUGUGUGGCCUUGGAAUUGUCUUUUUUUUUUUGGGGGGGGGGCAAAAAAUGGGUAGUCUUUUUCAGCUUGCUUGAUUCCAUCAAUAUUUUAUCAAUGAAUUAUUUUGUCAAAAUGGAGUGUUUAUCCAGCAUACGACGCUUCUGAUACGAACGUGACCCGGUCGGAAAUGUCCAAAAAUCAGGCAUGAAAAUCUCUCACCUUUCGGCGAAAUGCGCCGUUUUGAAGUCAAAAAGGAUGACCUACGUGAAUCGUGUAGAUCCGAGGAGAAUUUUUUUAAGGGGGGUGGGGGGGUGUAGGCAUGUGCCGGUUACCUUCACGGUUUACCAUGCUAUGAAAACGUGGCGGUUACAAAACCACUAAAAUUUUCCGUCAUACAGUAGUACGUAUUUGUUAUUUUUCAUGUGUCGAAAAUGCAGCCAGAAGUGGCUUGGCGCAGUGGCUGGCGCGGCAACGCUUACCCCUUUCCGUUUGAUGCUGCGUGUGUCAGUGACGCUAUUCCAGCAAACCCAAAAACAAACACUCCAAACACAAGGCGUAAAUUCUUCAAUUUAUUGAUCUCUCAAAUCGUGGUAACUGAAAUAUACCAAAUAAAUACAUUUAAAACCUUGUACAAUGGUAUUUUUCCCCGUGUGAGUAGCUUCAACAGUUAAGCUUCAUGAAAAAGUUCGCCAAAAACAAAACACACAUUUCCUUUCAAAUUCAAUACACAAAGUUAUUAAAAACUUACAAAGACGAAUGAUAGACAAGGCUUAGCUAGGAGAGCAACUUCAUUGAGGUUAAUCACAGCCGCUGAGAGAGAAACAAGUUUGUAUGCGGGGAGGGGAAAAAAAGAGCUUCAAAGAUCGCUAAUAGCAACAGAUGAGCUCGUCCUAAGCACAAAUUCACGUUCGCUGGACGAGGUGAGGUCUCACUCCCAAUUUUUUUUUAGAUGAAUGCAUUUGCCUGCAUAUUGAAUUUGGUGAGUAAUGGAUCGUUUUCAUAUUUUGCGGUAUGACAAAGUUACUGCCGUUCGUUGCAGCUUGCGUUGAACACUUCCAGAGCGUCCGGUGAAAAAAUAGAUCCCGUUAAGGUAGCGUCAAGCUUGUGUAUUUAACGGUAAUAUCAAAGCAGUGUUGUCAGUAAAGCGUUAUGUGAGUAAUGCGUAACUGUAAUCUGAUUAUUGUCUUUCAGUGAAGAACAAUCUAACGCGUUCAUUUUUCUAAAUCAGUAAUCUGAUUAAAAUUACUUUCCUUGAUGCCUGUGCGUUUCUAUUUUGAUAUUGCCCCAUAAUGUGUGUAGAAUGAAGAAUACUGUAGUCAUGGGAGCGACAUCACAUGUCACAUUUUCUAAUUGGGGAUGGAAAAAAAAAAAACGGGUCACGUGUAUUACCAUGAGUCGUGAGCCGUGAGCGCAGGGAGUUUGCGGCCAAACAACAUAGCCUUGCUACCUCGCCAGGAUGCAGUGAAAUAGGCAGGAGAUAUACUACAAACAGCUGCAUUUGCACACUGGAAACACAGCCAUUACUUCACAUUUUUGUCCAAUAAAGAUGACCAAAAUAUCUCCGUGCGCUGCGAACUUUAAAAGACUGUCGACCGCUAUAAGCAUCCAAUUCAAGUACCACUUGGAAUUACAGCACAACAGGUAACACGACAGCCAGGACUUUUUGAUACUGCUCAUGCUCAAUCCUCGGUUCAAGCUCAGUUGUUGUUGAUGGUUUUGAAAGCUUAGGUUUAAAGAAAUUCGAAAUAUCCAUCUUGCCUCCUCAGCUGUAGUUUUGGCUAAGCAAUGCAAACGGCUGUCUCUAAGGUGCUAUAGUCACAUGAUCUGUUCGAAAAAUAAUUUGGACCCAUUAUGAAAUACUUUGAAGGAUUCUUGUUCAUUUCAUUCAUUUUUGUUGUUUGUUUUAUUGCUCUAAAACUUUUAUAGACAACAUUUUAAUGGCCAUAUUCAAUGGUCUUUAUUUUAAAGGGGAAGUUCAGAAUUUUUUACAUUAGGAUUCAUCUUUGAGUUAGCCGGGGUUUAAUUAGUCGUUGGAGUUGAUUUGAACAAAUUCUGUGCAGUUUGCCAGUUAUUUGUUAGUUUCAGGACUCCGGAGAUGCUAAGCUAGCGCGAGUCAAUGGUGGUUGAAAUCAACUCCAACUAAUUAAACCCCAGCUAACUCGAAUAUUAAGCCUUAUGUGAAAAAUUGUCAAAUUCGCCACAUGUAGCACGUUUCGCCGAUGGAGGACAUUUUGGCAGAACGCCGGAACAUAUUUCCUCCACACCUUUCUCACCUUUUUAACCCCUGACCCAUUUUCAUGCCUGAAAAAUGAGCCAGGAAUUCCCGUCAAGAAUCCAUAUAUCAUUUGAAAGGGAGUCAGCGUUUAUUAGCGGAAGCAGAAAUUUUCCACGACAAAAUAGUUAGCACAUGGGUUGCCGGUGACCGAGCCGGACGUCCGAUCCAUUUAGACGGGGAACGAAUUUGCCUCGGUCCAAAUGGAGCGGACGUCCAUCGCCGUCAGCGGCGGGCAAACUAUCUUUGCGGGUCACGGACGCGUUACCGCAGGCAGACGUCGAACUUUGCCACGUGCCAAAGGUGAAGGCUUUCUGCGUAGCUUCCAGAAUUCCGUGAACCGACGCGACCGGCCGGUCGAACGAGGUCGCGUCGAGGUCGAGCGUCGCCACGCGCCGACUGUCCGGGGCGAGUAUGGCCCUUGGCCCGAGCCCACUUUUGGGAGCGUUUAAGCACAAGGGUUACGGCCGUCGUCGCCCGACCGACUUGGCGCAGAUUUGCCGUUUCGUUAUGUCCACAACUCAAAGUCCUCGGCCCAGAAUGUUUUGCCAGGUUUUUGAGCCGAAGGCCGACCCGAGUCAAUACUAGAGGUCGACGUUGCCGGCGGCGGGUUGAGGUCUCACGCUACGGCUCGCUUUGCAGAAAAGCAACCGUUUGACAUAUAAAUCAUACUUCCAGAGUUUUUCAGAAAUGAUUAAAGUAAAUCGCGUGCAUCCACUUUUUCAGGCUAUAACAAAUUUUCAAAAAAACAAAAUAUCCAGAAAUGAGAGGAUAUUUACCGCCCCCCCCCACAAUUUAAAAUACAAGAAUACUUUUCAUUGCUGAUUUCAAUCACCCCCCCCCCAAACGGUUGAGAUCUCGGAAUUCAGGUUGUCCACCAUAUCUUAUCUGUGAGUACUUUAGCCACUUUAAGAAGAGACCUCGCGUCACGUGUGCCUGCGUUAUCUUUGCGCGUCCGCGAAACCAGGCUAAAGUGUGCACGUUUGCAAACACGGAGUCCCAUUUUGAGUGAUCGGCGUGUUUAUAAAGCGGUCGCCACUCGCUCCCUAGCGUCCGUGCCGGAAAGUU